UGUGUGUGGUUGUAUUUGUUGAGCAGGAACCUCCCUUGACCUGCCCAAAGGGUUGGCCUAUAGAGUUUAUAUUAAAAACUGCAAAAACAAGGAUUAUAUGGUUACCUGUUUUCUACCUCUUGUGCCAUGGGUUGUUUAGUUGAAUUGAGGUGGUUUAUUCUCCUGAUAGCAGCUGUAAACCUAGAGGCUCAAAAGAAGCCCUCUAUAAAUAUCAGCCCAAAAUGCCUAGGGAACGUCAUGCGUGUAGAUGUCGGUCCACUUGCAGGAAAUCUUCUUGAAGUUGGUGUUGUCGUUAAUAACUCUGCCAUCCUUCUUACACCAAGUUUAGCUUCUCAGUGUGGCUUCAGUAUGAAGAUAUACCAGCUGGAGAACACCAUGAUUUAUGCCUCCCUUCAAAACUGUUUUGCUCAAAAUAUGGAAGAUAAAGCCUUCACAACAACAUUAAAUCUUCGACUGCACGGGAACCAGAUGGUUAAAGAAGAGCUGUACCAGGUGGCUGAAACCUGCCACUACAGUGCCUGGGCCUCCAGGGAAAUUGUCUGUAGCAGCAACUAUAUGGAGGUGUCUGUGAAAAGGGCAGCUCCAGGUGAUUAUGUCCUGCCUGAACAUCCCGUCCCAAGAGCUAAUUCAAAGCUUGGUGAUCCUCGACGAGCUGCUGAGAAACAGCCCAUAGAAGCAGGAUUCAAAAUCACGACAGUCAUGUUCUUUACUCCUGAGGAGAAGAUUAUGACGGUGGCUGAGGCCCAGAGAAGUGGUUAUGGGAUAGCAAACACUGCUACAAGGCUGCUCCUGAGAAGUCCAAAGACUUCACCUGAAACAUAUACCCAGAAUGUGGCAGGGGUGCCUAUGACUGUGCUCAAAACUUCAACAAUAUUUGAAAAGAAGUGGCUGGCAACUCAAAUCGAUGCAGCAGCUGCUUGUCCGACACUGGAGGGUAGUGUUUUCUUCAGUCCAAACUCAAUCAGCUGGUUCCUGCCCAGGCACAUUGACCCUCUGAUUUCAUCUGGCCAGUUUCAACUGUUGGAGGUGCACAUGGGCGUUGAUGGCCAGAGGCUCGACGCUGCUGAGAUGGCUGCCAGACAAUACACUCUGUCUGUCGGCGACAUACACAUAGUCAUUGAAAUUCCUAUUGGGGCUGUCGGUGGCUACUUUAAGAGUCAUAUUCAGGAUGAUCAGUACCUCACUUCUUAUACGAUAGAGCCGAUGCUUGAGUUGCUCUGGACUGAAGACUCCACUCAGGAGGACACACGAUACAAAGUCCUCUUCCCCAUCACAACACCAUUAAUGUCUCGACCUCCGCAAGUUAGAGACAACACUGUUCCCGAGGAAGGAGUAUUUAAAGUGCUGCUUGGGCCUUUUGGCUCUGAUGUGGCACUAAUGAACAUUACCUUCUCCUCUGAGGUUUUGUCCGUGGCGGACUGCAAUGUCAGAGGCUUUAACGUCCUGGAGCACAUGUUCCCUAACAGCAGCUCGAAGGCCUUCACAGUUGAAGUGCCUUUCACGGACCGUGCCGUACUGCAAACGAGAGAAAUGGGAAUAACUGUCUACUCUCUUCACAUGACCUUUGGCUUGGUGGUCCUGCCAGAGUUUGCUCUGUUUUCUCACACUGCUUAUUUGGAAGCUAAAUUAGUAGACAUAGUUCCUCCCUUUGUCUCUGGUGGCUGCGAUUAUCAAAACUUCUACGUCCUCGUGAAAUACGGGACCCACGGCUUCAACUUUCAGACCAUGGUGGGAAAACAAAUGCUGACCCCAGGCCUGGCCCAGCAGUACGGCCUCACAGAGAACGGAACACACUUCAGUUUUGCCGUGCCGUUUUCAGCCCACGAUGUUGUGUUUGAGGCUGUUGAGUCGUCGUCAAUCAGGAGCAGACUCGAUGUGGUUUUGAAGAAUCCGGAAACUAACGAGAAUAUCAAAGAAUUCUCUGUGGCUUGCAAUUUCCUCUCAACACUGACUGAGUGUUUCUCUAAUGGCACCAUGACGGCUCUGGCUGUGAAACUAGAGUCGGUUCCUGGUCUGAACACCAGUCAGCUCACCCUCAAAGACCCCACCUGUGGUCCCUCCUACAGUGACGACCGCUAUGCUUAUUUUGUUUUCACUGGGAGCUCCUGUGGGACAACCAGAAAGUUUUUGUCCAAUGUGAUGCUGUAUGAAAAUGAAAUCUCUCUGCCCGACGAAAUGGAAAUUAAAAGGGAAUUGACGUCAGACGAGCCGGUGUAUGAGUUAAAGGUUUCUUGUUAUUAUGACAUCAACAAAACCCAGGCUGUGGCUUUCCACACCAGACCUCGCAGGAGUGAACCAUAUGCUGAAAAUGCAAGAGGCGAACUGCAAGUUGUAAUGAGACUUGCUCUGGACGACUCCUACAGCGUGUUUCACAGAGUUGAGGAUUAUCCCAUAGCAAAGUACCUACAACAGCCGCUGUAUUUUGAGGUGGAACUGCUGAUGAAGUCUAAAAACCCUAAACUAUCACUGGAGCUGGAGAACUGCUGGGCGACACUGGAUGAGGACAGGAUGUCACAACCCAGAUGGAACCUCAUCAUUAAUGGCUGUGUAAACCCAGUGGACCCGCACCAGGUGAUUUUCCAUCCUGUUUGGGCCGAUGCCAGAGUUCAGAAUCCUUCUCACUUAAAGCGCUUUGAGGUCCAGAUGUUUGCCUUCGCCGAAGACAAAGAUAACUUGAGUCGCCAGCUCUUUGUCCACUGUGAUGUGGUGAUCUGUGAUGCCAGAAAUAAUCUGGGUGGAGUCUGUAGGGGGCAGUGUUCAAACCAGGAAAACAAGAUAAAAAGUCAAAGACGUGCUGUUUCUGAUGACCACAGUUUCAAACACAUGUCAUCAGGACCUAUACUUAUAAGUUAACAAAUCCUAAUAAAUGUGUUUUUUAACAAGAA